AUGAACUCCAUCUCGCGGCACGACGUGAACACGCUGCUGCGACAGGUCCAGGGCAACUCCCUGUUCAACCGCCAGCUCUCCUCCGUCUGCCAGGUAAAUGGGCUUAAGAGCACCGGCGUCAAAGCUGAGCUCCAGCGACGCAUCGUCCACCGUGACUUCUCGUUCAAACCGAGCCCUUUCUAUAGCGUCGAAAGCGCUGUGAGUGGCUUGCGUACCUUCAUGACCCAGCAUAGGAACACUGUCACCAUACCACUGAGGCUAAGCGACCAUCCUAUUCUCCAGCGAUGCAGCGACGAUAAAUCAUACAGGAUCAUGGUGUUUUGCGCCAACGACGACAGCGGUCUACAGGAUGUGGCAUUUCCACAUCAAUCUGAGCUUCGGGUUAAUGGCGAUGAGAUCAAAGCCAACCUGCGAGGCCUCAAGAAUAAGCCUGGCUCCACCAGACCCGUUGACAUCACCAAUGCGCUUCGCCUGCGGUCAAAUUACAUGAAUAAUAUCGAGUUUACAUAUGCGCUGACUAACAAGAAAUUCUAUCUUAUUGUCAACCUUUGCAAGACUACAUCAGUAACCGAACUAGUGGCAACGAUAUCCAGCCGUAGAAAGAUUUCCGAGGAUUCGGUAAUAUCAGAGCUGAAUAAAAUAGCACAAGAUCCUGACGUCGUAGCGACAUCUCAGGUUUUGUCACUGAAAUGCCCCCUGUCAUACAUGAGAUUGGAAGUCCCUUGUCGGAGUCUGAGCUGCACACAUCUGCAAUGUUUCGACGCAACAUCUUAUUUACAGCUUCAGGAGCAAGGACCGCAAUGGUUGUGUCCUAUAUGUAACAAGUCUGCGCCCUUUGAUCAACUGGCCGUUGAUGGUUACGUCAAGGUCAUUCUAGAAAAGACUUCAAAGAACCUGGAAACAGUCACGAUUGAGCCAAACGGCAAGUGGUCUAGCAAACCACCCAAGGAGGACUCAUCGCCAUCCAGACCGCGAGGAGCACCUGUCGAGGACGAUGAAGACGACGACUUGGAGGUGUCUGAAAUCAUCAUUGGCGGGCGUCGGUUGGAAACGCCUAAGAAGCUGAGCCACUGUACGGACACGCCGAGUUCUGGUGGCAGAGACCACUCCUCCACAGCGCCGCGAGGCUCACACAGCGCCAAACGACCAGCACCAGCAGUUAUUGACCUAACGCUGUCGUCGGACGAUGAAGAGCCCAUUCAGCGGCCGAGCAAGCGCCAGCACACUUAUACGUAUCAUCGCGGCACAACCCCGCCGUGGCUGAGCGAGUCUCCCGUCAAUCACCAGCCCUAGCAGGGACCCUACGAGAUAUGAGUUGGCAG